AUGGCUCAGCCGGCCGGCCCCGCGGGCGGCGGGGAGCCGCGGGGGGCGGCGGCGGCGGGCGGCGAGGGGCCGCCGGAGCCGGGGGAGGCCGCGGGCGCGGCCGGGGGCCCGCAGGACGCGCUGAGCCUGGAGGAGAUCCUGCGGCUCUACAACCAGCCCAUCAACGAGGAGCAGGCGUGGGCCGUGUGCUUCCAGUGCUGCGGCUCCCUGCGCGCCGCCGGCCAGCCCCGCCGCCGCGUGCGCUCGGCCGCGCAGAUCCGCGUCUGGAGGGACGGCCGGGUCACCCUGGCGCCCGCCGCCGGCGACGCGGGAGAGCCGCCUGCCUCUGCCGAUAAAUUGGGAUAUUCACAUUGUACAGAAACAGAGGUUAUUGAAUCUUUGGGAAUUAUUAUUUAUAAAGCACUGGACUAUGGUUUGAAGGAGAAUGAAGAAAGAGAAUUAAGUCCUCCCCUGGAGCAACUCAUCGAUCACAUGGCCAACACGGUCGAAGCAGAUGGUAGCAAUGAUGAGGGUUAUGAGGCUGCAGAUGAAGGCCUGGAAGAUGAAGAAGAAGAAAAGAGAAAAAUUUCAGCUAUCCGGUCAUAUAGAGAUGUCAUGAAGUUAUGUGCUGCUCAUCUCUCAAGUGAAUCAGAGGCACCAAAUCAUUAUCAGGCAGUAUGCCGUGCGUUGUUUGCAGAAACAAUGGAACUGCAUACAUUUCUGAGUAAAAUUAAAAGUGCAAAGGAGAAUCUUAAGAAGAUUCAAGAAAUGGAGAAGAGCGAUGAAUCAAACACAGAACUGGAGGAGCUGAAAAAUGCUGACUGGGCUCGAUUCUGGGUGCAAGUGAUGAGGGAUUUGCGGAAUGGAGUAAAACUUAAAAAGGUCCAAGAGCGGCAGUACAACCCUUUGCCCAUUGAAUAUCAACUCACCCCUUAUGAGAUGCUGAUGGAUGACAUUAGAUCCAAAAGAUACACUUUGCGAAAAGUGAUGGUGAAUGGUGAUAUUCCUCCUCGGUUAAAAAAAAGUGCUCAUGAAAUCAUUCUCGACUUCAUCAGAUCAAGACCUCCUUUAAAUCCAGCCUCAGCCAGAAAACUAAAACCCACCCCACCACGGCCACGGAGCCUCCAUGAAAGAAUACUAGAAGAAAUCAAGGCGGAAAGAAAGCUGCGGCCCGUCUCGCCAGAAGAGAUUAGACGGAGCAGAUUAGAUGUAACUGCCCCUGACUCUCCAAAGAGCACUGCAGAGUCAUCGGUGGUGAAUGGAGGUCUAGCGUCACAAACGAAAGAGAAUGGGUUAACUGCUGCGCAGCAGGUGUCUGUGCAGCGGAAGAGGCUCCUCAAAGCGCCGACUCUGGCCGAGCUGGACAGCUCCGACUCCGAGGAAGAGACUCUGCACAAGUCAGCCAGCAGCAGCAGUGUGUCUCCCUCCUUCCUUGACGAUCCCUUUCUGGAGGCUGUGUCCACAAGGAAGACACCUCCGAAGUUCUUGCCCAUUUCAUCAACGCCCCAGCCAGAGAGACGGCAGCCUCCGCAGAGACGGCAUUCCAUUGAGAAGGAAACGCCCACUAACGUGAGACAGUUUCUGCCACCGUCCAAGCAGAGCUCCCGGUCUCUUGAGGAAUUCUGCUACCCAGUGGAAUGCCUAGCUCUUACUGUGGAGGAGGUGAUGCAUAUUCGUCAGGUCCUGGUGAAGGCAGAACUGGAAAAAUACCAACAAUAUAAAGAUGUCUACACUGCCCUGAAAAAAGGAAAGCUUUGCUUUUGUUGCCGAAUCAGGAGAUUUUCCUUCUUCACCUGGUCUUAUACCUGUCAGUUCUGUAAGAGGCCCGUGUGCUCACAGUGUUGCAAAAAGAUGCGGCUGCCAUCCAAGCCAUACUCUACUCUUCCGAUCUUUUCAUUGGGACCUUCUGCCUCACAACGAGGGGAAAGUAGCGUGAGGCCAGAAAAACCCUCCGCCAGCCACCAGCGGCCGCUGCGGAGCAUUGCCAGGUUCUCUUCAAAAUCUAAGUCUGUGGACAAAUCCGAUGAAGAACUACAGUUUCCCAAAGAGUUAAUGGAGGACUGGAGUACCAUGGAGCUUUAUCGCUAUGCUACAACUCAAGCAACGACCAGCAGAAACUCACUUUUGACAGAUGUAAUUGCUGCUUAUCGAAGAUUCUGUUCUCGCCCUCCGAAAGGAUUUGAAAAAUACUUUCCUAAUGGAAAAAAUGGAAAAAAUGGGAAAAAAGCUAGUGAACCUAAAGAAGUUACGGGAGAAAAAAAAGAAUCAAAGCCAGCUGCUUCCCCACGACCUUCUGGAGGAGGAGUUGGUGGCGGUGGAAAACGAGGUGGCAAGAAAGAGGAUUCUCAUUGGUGGACCAGGUUUCAGAAGGGUGACUUUCCAUGGGAUGACAAGGAAUUCAGGAUGUACUUUCUCUGGACUACUCUGUUUUGGGGUGGAGUCAUGUUUUACUUCUUGUUCAAGAGCUCUGGAAGAGAAAUCACAUGGAAGGACUUUGUCAACAACUAUCUUUCCAAAGGAGUAGUAGACAGACUGGAAGUCGUCAACAAGCGUUUUGUUCGAGUGACUUUUACACCAGGGAAAACUCCUGUUGAUGGGCAAUACGUCUGGUUUAAUAUUGGCAGUGUGGACACCUUUGAACGGAAUCUGGAAACUUUACAGCAGGAAUUGGGCAUCGAAGGGGAGCAUCGAGUACCUGUUGUCUAUAUUGCUGAAAGCGAUGGUUCCUUCCUCCUGAGCAUGUUGCCCACGGUGCUCAUCAUCGCUUUCUUACUGUAUACCAUACGAAGGGGGCCUGCUGGUAUUGGUCGAACAGGCCGUGGUAUGGGUGGACUCUUCAGUGUUGGAGAAACCACUGCCAAGGUCUUAAAGGAUGAGAUAGAUGUGAAGUUCAAAGAUGUGGCUGGCUGCGAGGAGGCUAAGCUAGAGAUAAUGGAAUUUGUGAAUUUCUUGAAAAACCCAAAGCAGUAUCAAGACCUAGGAGCAAAAAUUCCAAAGGGUGCCAUUCUUACCGGUCCUCCAGGCACCGGGAAAACACUGCUGGCUAAGGCCACCGCCGGAGAAGCCAAUGUCCCUUUCAUCACCGUUAGUGGAUCCGAGUUUUUAGAGAUGUUUGUUGGUGUGGGUCCAGCUAGAGUUCGAGACUUAUUUGCCCUUGCUCGGAAGAAUGCCCCUUGCAUUCUCUUCAUUGAUGAAAUAGAUGCCGUGGGAAGGAAGAGAGGAAGAGGCAACUUUGGCGGGCAGAGUGAACAGGAGAACACACUUAACCAGUUGCUUGUGGAAAUGGAUGGUUUUAACACAACAACAAAUGUAGUCAUUUUGGCAGGCACCAAUAGACCAGAUAUCCUAGAUCCCGCCCUGAUGAGGCCAGGGCGCUUUGACAGGCAAAUCUUUAUUGGACCACCGGACAUAAAAGGAAGAGCCUCUAUUUUCAAAGUUCACCUCAGACCCCUAAAACUGAACAGUUCCUUGGAAAGGGAUCACCUGGCAAGAAAACUUGCAUCCUUAACCCCGGGGUUUUCAGGAGCUGAUGUAGCUAAUGUCUGUAAUGAAGCUGCUUUGAUUGCUGCGAGACACCUUUCAGAGUCCAUAAACCAGAAACACUUUGAACAAGCAAUCGAACGAGUGAUUGGUGGCUUAGAGAAAAAAACCCAGGUUCUGCAGCCCGAGGAGAAGAAAACGGUAGCAUACCACGAGGCAGGCCACGCGGUUGCCGGCUGGUAUCUGGAACAUGCAGACCCACUUCUAAAGGUGUCUAUCAUCCCAAGGGGCAAAGGCCUGGGUUACGCUCAGUAUUUACCCAGAGAGCAGUACCUGUACACCAAAGAGCAGCUCUUGGACAGGAUGUGCAUGACUCUGGGUGGCCGGGUGUCGGAAGAAAUCUUCUUUGGAAGAAUUACAACUGGUGCUCAAGAUGACCUGAAAAAAGUGACUCAGAGUGCAUAUGCCCAAAUUGUUCAGUUUGGCAUGAAUGAAAAGGUUGGGCAAAUCUCCUUUGACCUUCCACGUCAGGGUGACAUGGUAUUAGAGAAACCUUAUAGUGAAGCCACAGCAAGACUGAUAGAUGACGAAGUACGAAUACUUAUUAACGAAGCUUAUAAAAGAACAGUAACUCUUCUCACAGAAAAGAAAGCUGAUGUAGAGAAGGUUGCUCUUCUAUUAUUAGAAAAAGAAGUAUUAGAUAAAAAUGAUAUGGUUGAACUUUUGGGCCCCAGACCAUUUGCGGAAAAAUCUACCUAUGAAGAAUUUGUGGAAGGCACUGGCAGCUUGGAUGAGGACACUUCACUUCCAGAGGGCCUGAAGGACUGGAACAAAGACCGAGAGAAGGAGAAGGAAAAGGAAGUGUCCCCAGAGGAGAAAAUCGCCAAUCAGAUCCGAGGAGGGAGGCCGUUUUAG